AAAACAUAGUACAACAUACGCGUUCAGAGAGAUAAAAAUUAACAAUUUCAUCAUAGUUUCCAAUCAGUAAACAGAAAACUAACUGCACAGCACCGUUAAUCCAGGGUUCGUUCAUAUUCCUGCAACAACAAAACCACCACCAAGAUGGUUCAUUCAAAAUACUAGCGCCUUAAACUGUCUGUUAACCAUCGCGCCCAGAGCGAUUCCAUCAAAUGGAUGUAGUAAAAUAUAUGUUUAGUGCGACAAAUUUCCUUUUGUGAUUGCCACCCGCUUCAAGCAAACCGUCCUCUGUGGCUUCAUUCGAUCCCAUCUUCUUUAAUAUCCUUCUACUUUCAUGGCAUUAAGUGUGAAAGUGAAAGCAACCAAGAGUCGCUCCACAUACGGGAGAGACCCUACCAUAUAUGAUUAUGCGAAUAGUUCUAAAUGUUCCAACCGAUCAUCGAAGAACAGCAACAAGAUUACGCUAGCUGAGAUCGAUCUCGAAACGGAACCAUUAGGUGAUGACCCGGAACAUACCAGUGGAAAAGGAUGGUCGGAAAAGCAGUGUCUUGCCGAAGGUACGCCACAAGUAGUCGCGUACAAUGACUAUCAUAUCGAUGUGUGGUUUCUUGUGUCGGAAUUUAUACGUCCGGAGGACGUUUGCCGAUUUGCACUGAUUUGUCGUAAAACGGCAGAGGUCGUGCAGAGCGGUCGGUUCUGGACGCAACUGUACCGAUCGUACUAUGAUCAAUCCAUCGAUAUGCCGGCACGCUUUCAACCGGCCAGCAUGGUACGGUUGCGCGGUCUACGAUCAGCCGUCAUACGAUCGCUGUACUUUCUGUACCCACCGUUUGUGGAGCGCUUGACGAUGUUAUCGAACCGUCAUCAGUAUCGUGUUAUCGGUCGGCAGCUACUUACCACUUGGCACAAGCGUACAAAGAACUGUUGGACGUACUGCUUUCGUCUGAAAACACCACUGGCACCGGGUAGUCGGCCUGCACGGUCGGCGCAAUUACAGCGCGAGAAAAGCUCGCUCGCAUUUUUGCAGGAUAUCUACAUGAACCCGGAGGAAGGGUGCCAGAUAUUGAUGAUAACGACCGAUUUUCUAAAAGUGAUACCAAUGUACAACGAGACGUUGUUUGUGAAAAACAUCGUCCAAACACUUUCCCAGAGCAUGAUGCGCUACAAGAUUAGUCUCGAGCUGGGUAACUACUGUGGUAAACGGAUAGACGAGCUGGUGUUCGAUCCCGUGCGCAACGUAGCCGUACUGGAUUGGUGGACACCGGAAUAUUAUACGGAAAUCGGUAGCUCACUGCAGGAAGAAUCGGCAAUGGCCGAAUCCGAAUGGACAGAAGAAUCAGACUGGGACAACUAGAAACAAUUCGGAAAAUGAUGUAACAAAAAGCUUCGUUUCCUUUUCCUGUGGUCAUUGUUUAAUAUAUCUUCAUUGGAAUAUAUACACCGACUGUGGCUCUCGGGCGAAACC